AUGAGUAUAUUUAGAAAGUCGACAUGCUUAGCAUGUAAUUCAUGUAAAUGCUCUUGUGGUAGCCAUGACAUUAAAAUUACUCAACGAACGUAUACUUACAAUGAAUUAGACGAUCUUUGCACCAGGGAAGAUACAAAUACAUUCCCCUGUAUUCCAACGGAACGGAUUAUUUUAAAUUCAGAUGGAAGCUCUCAGCUAUACUAUCAUCAAAUAGACAACGAGUUUUAUGCAAAAAAUAUUCUACACGAUGUUCCUUUAAUAAGUUAUGCUCAAGGCCCAUUUUUUGAGAAAAUAAAUUAUGAAAAUAAUAAAAAUUAUAGUUUACCAACUUUAACAUAUGUAAGUGAUCCAAUAUAUAUAAGACGAAAACAAAAAUGUGCUAUAUCACAAAUAGCUGAUUGUGUAUGCCCUCAAGAAUGCAAAUGUGAUUAA